AUGGACGGAUUCAUGAAUACUCGCAUCAAGUUCAGAAACAAUAACAUCAUAUUAAAGAAGUCGCUCAGCAUGUCCAAGCCAAUGUUGUGUCUCAAGAAGACCUUUGCAAGAUCUGAAAACGAUGAAUCAAUGAAUGAGAAGAUGCCAACCACCUACGACAUCAAAAUAGCAGUUGCAGCUUAUAGUAUCCAGCGUCGCGUGCUGGAAACGCUCCAUCGCACGCUCUUGGCUGAGCUUAAACUAGCUCACAACACCGAACUCGAGGCUUUCCAACAUGAUCUCAAAGAUGAUCUCCGGCUCCAAGCAGCCAUAUCACACACUACACGCAAUUUAUUCAGCAAACUUUCAUCAACUAGCAGCAGUGAGGAGUCUGUCACACCAGACGAGCGAAACCUCCCCGCCAGCGGACGCAUUCGCCGGCGAAUGGAGGUUACCAAGGUCCAGCUACUUCAAGCCGAAGAGAGAAGAGCGGCAGGAAAACAUCUCAAGGAUGAAAUUCAUGGACUAAGGAAAGAACACGGAGAUAUAGUCAUUCCGGAGAGAAAUGGGGGUAUUACAGAAGCCGACUGUCUCAGCGAGAUUAAAACGAUUCUGUUUGACUGGGGUCUCACCAAUGUCAAGUCCCAGGGAGGAACUCAUCCAUGGGAGGACGACUUGGAGAGCAUGGUCUCAUAUUACGUUCAGCGCAAACAAGAGGAGAGGAAACGGCGUCGAGAGGAUCGUUCGGUGUCUUAG